GCCUCUGUGCGAUCUCCACUCAUCCGUCAACCCCUCUUGCGAUACGCUCCACUCGAGUCGGUCGUCUACGCCGACCUCAACCGCCCGCAGCACAUGGAACACGCGUGAGUACACUAAACUAACUAUCCGAGACGGUCCACAGCGCAGGGCAGCCUCCUGCGGGUGUCUACAUGCAACCCUGACCGCCCUUGCAAUGCGCGCAGCUAGCACGAGCACCGCCCACGUCAGAGCCCGUCCCGUCGUGCUCACGCACGACCGUGCCAGCGUGCCCCUCCGCUCCCGCCGCGAGCGAUCGGGACCGUCCCGGGACGACGCGGCAGUCGUCUACGGUCUGCGGGGGGUCGACAUCAUCAGCGAUCUGCAAGGCGGCAUCGAACCUCGAGCAAACUCACCUGCUCCCGCCAACACCGGUGCUGCCGACGACGGCGACAGACGUGCCGACUCGCGACGGCUCGCAGACACUGCCCGUCGACGAACGGCCUGCUCACCCGUUGCGACGAGGGCUCCAAUCUGUAAGACGGGUGGACUCUGCUUUAUGUACCUCGCCUGGCCGGGCGCUCGUCAGCGACGGGACAGCAGCAGCCGAGUCGCCGUCGCCUUUCCGGGCGACGUCCGCGGAAGCGAGCGAGCGUGGCGUCGCGCCUGGCAUGGAUGGCAGCCCCGUCGGUUGCCGCAGACGGACGCAUGGACGCGUUCUGGAUGCUCGCGCGCUCACCGAUGGGCUUCCCUGCGGCCGCAGCUCUCGCCCUUGCACCUCGCUCACCCGCGGCCUCUGUCACUACGACGGCAGGCCGCCGCCGUUCCGGAGCGCUGCUCGGACUCGGAUCGUGCACCGUGUCCGCGGAAGCGAGGUGGCGACGCGCCUGGCGUGUCGCUGCGAACGACGUCAGUGCCACAGACACAGACGGACGGAUGCCACGGACUCGAUCCGGACACUACUCGAUGGUCGCACCUACGCGUGGAUCGGACGUGGGACGCGAAUGUUCCUGAGCUACCGAGCAGGCGCUGCGGCGCGGGGAAGGCGUCCUCUCUGCUGUAAGGAGUGGGCUGUCUCUCUGCACUGAUCACCCGUGCAUGGCAGGGCGGGCAGCGUGGACGAGGCUCUCUACGUCGAGCUUGUCCCGGUGAAGUUGACGACGGACCCGGCGCG